AUGUCCAGGUCUGUGAUGAAGCCCCUGAGUGUUGGAGCUUCUCUUCCCGAGUCUCUCUCACUGCUGCACCGACACCUCCUGGUGGCCGAGGGACAGGGGGCGGAGCUGGCGAAGAAGCUGGGUGUCUCUGGAGAUGAACUAGGGGCGGAGUUGAUGGACAGCUCGCGAUCCGAGGCUUUGGUGGCAAGAGUGUGUCGCCUCGAGAGUCUCUUACACACACUGAGGCUGAGCGUCUUCCGCAUCGAGACUGCGAGAGAGCUCAACUCGUCCCAUACAGCGCGUCUGCAGGAGCAGUUAGCGGCUCUCCAAGAGCAGAGUGAGGAGGAGCAGCGCUCCUCACAGCGGGAGGCGAUGCGUCUGAGGGAUCAGCUGCAGCAGGAGCGAGAGGAGGCGCACACACUACGGGACCAGCUGCACGUCUCACACUGCUCUCAAAUGGACGUCGCUGUAGCAGCAGACGAGCUAAAGAAGGUCAAAGUUCAGCUGAGCCUGAAACUCCAUCAGAUGAAGAAGGAGCUGGUGCAGGAGACAGCGGCCCGUCUGGAGGCUGAGCAAUCUCAUGAUGCACUGCUGCAGAGAGUGAAGGAGAUGGAACAGGAGGUGGAGAGAGAGAAAGAAAAGGUGAAGCUUCUUCAAGAAGACUGCCACACCCUAAAUGUUGAGAGACAGGAGGUGAGGGCGGAGCUAGAGGAGAAGACAGAGCUUGUACAGAGCUUGAAGGAAGAGUGUGAGCAGCUGAGGCAGCAGUUAGAGAAGAAGGACAUUCUUGCAUCAGAUCUAUGCGCUGAGUUAAAGUGUGUGAGGAUAAUGCUGCAGAAGCAGCAACAGGAGAACAGUACACUACUCAGAGGCAGAGAAGAACUGAGAGCAGCUACAGAUAAAGUUCAGGCACUGAAUGAUCAGUUAGAGGUUCAGUGCUCUGAUCUGAGUUCAGCUCUUCGCUCUCUGACUGAGGAGAAAGCGCGACUGCAGGCCAGUCUGAAGCUAGAGCAGGAGCGCACUGCCCAGCAUCUGAAGGACAUGGACCUGCAGUUAGACAAAGCCAAAAGGAACAUGCAGUGUGAAGUGCAGGAAACUCUAGCAGAGAGAUGCCUGCUAAACAAACAACUUGAAACUCUGAGGGCGGACCAUACCAAACUGCAAGAGAGCUCAGCUGCUGCUUUGGACUCAGCUGUCAGUCAUCAGGAGCUGCUGGAGCGGACCAUCAGGCGGUUGCGGGGGGAGCUGAGCAACACAAUUAAAGAUGCAGAGACCAUGCAGAAAGAGAGGGAGAAGGUGAGUGCAGAGCUGGAUUGUGUGAGGACAAACUACCAACGUCUGCAGGAGCAACUCAAACAGGUGGAGGAGGAGUUACAGGUGAAGGAAUGCCAGAUGUGUGUGUUGCGCUCGGAGACAGAAUACGUUCAGCGAGAAAACCUCAGCCUGAAAGAUCAGCUACACAACACACACACGAAGAACACUGAGACUCUGCAAACUGAACUGAUAGACAAACUGGAUGAGCUACACACACUCGGGAGACAAAGGGAGGCGGAGCUACACAAGGCAAAACAAGAGAUUAACCAAUUGACCAAGCAAGUCGAUGAACUCCGGAGAACAAAGCGUCAUGGGAGGAAGUCCGCUCAGCGGGAGGUGUGUGUACUGAAGAAAGCUCUCGACGGUGUGUCGUGUAGGCCAUGUGACCUCUCGCCAACCAACUGGGAACUUCGGGAAAAAAUGCGUGAGCUGGAGAACCUCGUGUCCAAUCAGAACGCUCGAAUUAAAGCACAGAAGGUUCCACUAAAGCAGAGAAACAAGACAGAACUGAACAACUCGGCUAGGUCUCAGUCACUGGAUCAGAUGCGUAACGGCAUUACGUCCCUGCAGGCCGAACUGCUCGAUCUCUCCUCCAGCCAGCAGGAGGAGCUGCAUGCAGAAAGACGCAUCACACACAUACUACAGGAGAAAUGCCAGAUGUUGGAGGAGUGUGUAGUGAAGCUGAAAGAGGAAAGGGAUGAAGCAGAACGGAAGAUGAAGGAGGUCAGCCUCACGUCCCAGCAGAUAUCUGAGAACCUGCAGGAGGCGCACAGCUGGUUCCGCUCCAAAUUCGACAGCUUGGAGAGUAGAUUGGAACAGAACCGGGCUCGAAUUCAGGAGCGAACCGGGGACUUCAGAGGUGAUGGAAUUGAGACUUCACCUUCACCUGUGCAGGAUCCCGGCGAGGUGGUGUGUGUGGCUGAGCCCGAGCUGGAACGCUGGGCUUUUACACUACAGCGCUGGGAGACGAAGAAAGAGCUGGACCGCAUGGCCAACGGCUACAAAGCUGCAGCACGAACACACUCGCUGACAUAGCGCACACACACACACACACACACACACACACACAUACUACAAAAAUGUGCCUUAGUACAGGAACUCAAGCGUAUGUCCUCAGGAUCUCAUAUUUAUUUAUUGUUAAAAACAGAUGAAAAUUAAUAUACAUUUCUAUAUAACUGUGUGACAGUUUUGAAACCAAUGAAAUCAUUGUGUUUUUUCUUCAUGUUAUAAACCUAAAACUAAUACUCCAUUAGUUAGAAAUUGCUAGUUGCAGUUGCUAGCCUGUUGUUCUGUUCUUUCUGCUGCCUUGAGAGAACUGUGUUAGCUAGCUAAAUGAUUAGCCUCAGUCAUUAGCUAGUCGUGUUUUAACGUACGCUCAUGGGUGAUCAGUCAGCGCUAAGCACCGUGUUAUUUUGGUUAGCACUAUGCAGCUGCUAGUCAUCCAUCCGACUGCUAGGUACCAGUUAAAUCUUUAAACAGAGAUGUUUCAGUGUGUCUAAACCAGGGGUGUCCAAUCUUAUCCGGAAAGGGCCGGUGUGGGUGCAGGUUUUCAUUCCAACCAAGCAGAAGCCACACCUGAAUCUAUUGAAAGCCAAGAUCAACUAAUUAAACAGGUGGAAUCAGGUGUGACUCCUGCUUGGUUGGAAUGAAAACCUGCACCCACACCGGCCCUUUCCGGAUAAGAUUGGACACCCCUGGUCUAAACCAUAAUAUUAAUAAAUCUGUAACUGAAUAAAGUAUUCUAACAGCUGUACGUAAUGGAAUAAAACGCUUGGGGGUGUGCUGUUAUAGGGAAAUAAUCCACGACACGGAGGUGAAGUGGAGUUACCUUUACCACCGAAAAGCUGUUCCUU